AUGCGACCCGCUCAUGACAUACUUGUCAUGUUCGGACUUCUUCUUGCAGUUUCGCCACGUGCUUACUCCUGUAUUGCCGUUCCUCCACUUCCAGCACCGGAAGUGGUAGGUAGUGUGGAUGGUUACACGCACUUGCGCGUCCAUGUGCGCGAGGAGUUGGUGCUCUCAGUGCUCGAGGCAUCCCUCCCAGAGCAAGAGCGCCUCGUCGAAGACGCCUUGGAGCAACCCACCGCCUCAGCAGAAAGCGACCCAUACGGUCUGGUCCUCUGGCCGGCGGCGCAGGUUGUCGCAGCAGCCUUGAUUGGCCUGCUGGGCACUUAUGGGAAGAAACGCCCCGCGCGAGUGGUGGAACUCGGCGCCGGAACAGGGCUUUGCUCGCUGGCUGCGGUUGCUGCAGGGCACCAGGCCCUGGCGACGGAUUAUCGUGAGGAGCCUUUGGCACUCUUGCGCCAGGCCGCGGUCCUCAACGAGAAGCAGCUAAGCAAGACGCUGCCUGUGGAAACUGCACUGCUGGAUUUCACGAAGGAGGAUGUACCGGAAGCUGAUGUUGUGGUUGCAGCAGACCUGCUCUACUUGCGCUCAACGUCACAAGCGCUUGCAGCAGGAUGUGUCGCCGCCCUACGGCGAGGUGCCCAAGUCCUGGUUGGAGAUACAGGGCGGCCUGGGCGACCUGCGUUUCUGGACGUGCUAAAGCAAGAGCUACGAGGUGCCGCCCGGCAGUUUCGUCCUGUCCAAGGAUGGACUCUGGUGAGCCCACGGCACGAACUGAUCUCUACGAGCCAAGCUCAACCACGAGUUCUCAGCGUCGGAUUGCUGCACCUGACUCCUGCAGACCUCGAAGAUUCACCAUACAUCAUUCUUAAGACCUUCGGCGACGUCACCAUGGAGCGAUCGAGCCGGCGCAGCGAGCUAUCGAGCAGGCCCACUGGGCGCAGGCUGCCCAGGCCCAGGCUGGCGCUGCUGGCGGCUCUGACUCUGGCGGCCUUGCCAGUCUGGUCUAGAAGCCAACUUACCACCACUUUCUCUCGCCCACCGACCUCGCGCCGUGCCCUCUUGGCACUUGCUGCGCCUUUGCCUGCGGCCGCGACUCCUGCGGCUCCGGCACUGGAUGACAUCCGGUGGGAUGAGCCAAAACGGAAGAAGACAGCCCUUCCGCAGCUUGCAGAAGAAUUCACGCGCGCUUUCCAGCGUACCCAGUGGGGUGUGAAUGGACGAGUGGAGCCUCGGUACUUCGCCGAUGGUUUUGUAUUUCGCGAUCCAGAUGUGACAACGAAUGGUAUUCGCGAAUACGCCAAGGGCACCGGCACCGUGCUGUCCGGCUGCAAAGCCGACGCUGUCGAUGUCCAGAUCAUCGAACCGGACAAGUUUGCAAUUCGGUGGCGCAUUGAGGGCACGGCGAAUGUCCCUUUUCCGGGUCUGAAGAUAAAGCCGUACAUCGUCACCAGCACCUUCACCGUGAAUGAAAAUGGAUUGGUGGACUCCGAAACGGAGCUUUGA